CUCCUUUGGAGUGGAAAAGCCCCCUUUACCGUUGCAUACUCAAUCAUCUCUCUGUCUUCUUUACCACUCACCUACUCUCACACUCCUAACCAAACCUCCAAAGCAAAAAGGAAAAGCCAACACAAAAACCCAAAAAAAACAACCAAACAACCAUGAGUGGCUUCAGCAAGCUUGGCAUUACACUCACUUCAGUCUUCUCUUUCCUACUCUUUGCUCUUCUUGCCGAGAUCCUCUACCUCUUCUGGCGUCGCCGACAACAAUCCCACCGUAACAACAGCCGCAUUGAGCCUGCCGGAGCUGCAACUCAGGCACAAUUACCCACCUCAGCCGCCCUUCCACACUCAGAACUCUUCAAAAUCGAGGGAUUUUACGGCCCUCCUUCGAGGGUUCUUUUCACCAUCAAGGAAGAAGAAAGAGAAGAGCUCGAAACUGAGCUUGUUACUGUUUUAGGAGAGAUGAAAAGUGGGGUUAGUUUGGGUGAGCAUUUUGGUGAUUUCCAGUUUCAUGAUCACUCGUCUGAGGUUAUUAUUAUGGUCGAUGACGAUGAUGAAGCUGAUUUCGAGGUUGAACCGCCUUUCUUAACUCCUUGCACUUCUCCGCCUUACUAUACUCCGUCGCCUUCUCCGCCAAGAGAGAGGAGUUAGUUGAUCACCGACAAUGCGUUAAUUCCUCUUACCUCAUGUUUAAUCACUUUAACUUCACUUUUAGGGAAAUAGAUUAGUUAAUUAAUUAUGUAGUUGAUGAAUGUAUAGGAAAGUGGUUGUACUAUUUAUUAACUAGGAGUGCCUUUUAUUUUCUAGUGAACAAAGAAAGUGUUGGAUCUAGAAUAUUUUUGUUGAGUUCCUGUUAAUUCAAUUCAUUAAUUUUGGUUCUUAA